UAGAAUCCCCCAUCAACAACCUUGUCGUCGGCCUCCCAGCAAUAUCAUCAAACGGCAUCUUUGCAAUAGCCACAAUCGCUGAAGCGACGCGACUCAUCCGGUACCCAACUUCACCCAUCCGUUGAAGCCCAAUGGCCACCAUGUCUACAUCGAAUGCGUGGCUCGCGAGACAGCGCAAAAGCGAUCUCGUCGAGCUCGCCGAACUUGUCAACCUUCAAGGCUACGAAGGACAGAAGAAGGCCGAUUUGGAAGUGACUCUCGACGAGUACCUCGCCGAGCAUGAGGGCAAGUGGGCGACCGAGCCGCGCCUCACCCCCUACUACAAUAGCCGCGCCAGGGCAGCCGGCUCGCCCACCAAGCGAGACCUGCCCAGGGAUGACGCGCUGAAGGUCGUCAGGCGCCGCGCGACGCGAGCGGCCUCUGCUGAGAUCCUCAGCCCCGACUCGGAACCCGACGCGGAGAGCGACCCCGCGAGUGCCCUCGUCGCGCGCACCCCGGCCCGCGCUCUCGCCCUUGCCAGCCGCAUCCCGUUGCCCGCGACGCCGGCUGAGGUGGCCGAGGUCGUCGAUCGCGGUACCGUCGCGGUGCGCGAGCGCGUCUCGUCCAUCUACCAGGAGUCUGGCAUCACGGAGCGCACACUGGCUGUGCGCGAGUCACUGUCGACCGUGACUGCCAUCAUCUUCACCAUUGCGGCGUUUGAGCUCUGGUGCCUCAAGCGCGAGGUGCUGCCCAACGUGUACGCCUUUACGAUCCCAUCGUUCCCCGCCCUGGGCAACAACCCGCAACCGGUGUACGUGACGGACAUUUUCCAAAUCCUAACGUCGACAUUCUGGUCGCCUGUUCUCACCUGGACGGCGACGUCGCUGGUUCUGCCGUCCAUCUUUGGCUACUUUUACAACCUGAGCGCCGCUAGCCGGCCGACGGUGCGCCGGGGCCGCUCGGCAGCCAACGCCGAGCCCGACUACAACGUGGACCCGCUUGUUUUCAGCAUCAUCAAGGCUCUUGCAUCGUUCCUGGUGCUCGGCCAGCGCGUGACGCUCGGUCUCGUCGAGACGGACUCGAUCGACCGCAUCAACUCGGCCCUCUACGGAGGGUGGCAGGGCGUGCUGACAGGCGCUGCCAUCACUGGCCUCGUCAGCGUGUACGACGCUGUUUUGAGGAAGUAA